UUACUCAAGUGACGCGUUUUUUGGGGGGUCGUUCCGGUUCGUGUCGACAGAAAGCGAAAAUAAGACACGAACAGAUCAAACAGAUACCGGAUCGAAAACCAGCCCAGAGGAGCUCGUGCGGCAAGGGGUCAGCAGGAUCACCCGCAGCCUUCAGGAUGCAGAGCACCGCCAACUACCUGUGGCUGAUCUCAGACCUGCUCGGUCAGGGAGCGACGGCCAAUGUUUACCGUGGACGGCACAAGAAAACCGGCGACUUGUAUGCCGUCAAGGUGUUCAACAACCUGAGUUUUCUGCGGCCGCUCGACGUCCAGAUGAGAGAGUUCGAGGUGCUGAAGAAACUCAACCAUAAGAACAUCGUGAAGCUGUUCGCUGUGGAGGAGGAGUCCAACACCCGUCACAAGGUCCUGGUGAUGGAGUACUGUCCCUGCGGGAGUCUCUACACUGUCUUGGAGGAGUCGUCCAACGCGUAUGGACUCCCCGAGGACGAGUUCCUCAUUGUUCUCCAUGAUGUUGUGGCAGGUAUGAACCACCUGAGAGAGUACGGCAUCGUUCACCGGGACAUCAAACCGGGAAACAUCAUGAGGGUGAUCGGAGAGGACGGCCGCUCCGUCUACAAGCUGACUGACUUUGGAGCGGCGAGAGAGCUGGAGGACGACGAGCAGUUUGUGUCUCUGUAUGGCACUGAGGAGUACCUGCACCCCGACAUGUACGAGCGCGCUGUGCUGAGAAAAGACCACCAGAAGAAGUACGGUGCCACAGUGGACCUGUGGAGCAUUGGCGUCACGUUCUACCACGCCGCCACCGGCAGCCUUCCCUUCAGACCGUUCGAAGGGCCGCGCAGGAACAAAGAAGUCAUGUAUAAAAUCAUCACAGAAAAGCCGUCCGGGACGAUCUCUGGCCAUCAGAAGUGUGAGAACGGGAAGAUCGAGUGGAGCACAGAGAUGCCGGUGUCCUGCAGCCUGUCAAAGGGUCUUCAGAGCCUCCUGACCCCAGUUCUCGCCAACAUCCUGGAGGCCGAUCAGGAGAAAUGUUGGGGGUUCGAUCAGUUCUUUGCUGAGACCAACGACAUCCUGCACCGAACCGUCGUUUAUGUCUUCAGCCUGCAGCAGGCCACGCUGCACCACGUCUACAUCCAUGAGUACAACACGGCAGCGCUGUUCCAGGAACUGUUGUGCCGCAGGACCAGCAUCCCUCUGCAUAAUCAGGAGCUGCUUUACGAGGGCCGCCGCCUCGUCCUCGACGCCAACCGCCAGGCCAAGACUUUCCCCAAGACCUCCAGAGAAAAUCCCAUCAUGCUCGUCAGCCGUGAGUCCGUCGCCACCGUGGGACUCAUCUUUGAAGAUCCCAGUCCUCCUAAAGUUCAGCCCCGCUAUGACCUCGACCUGGAUGCCAGCUACGCAAAGACUUUUGCAGGAGAUGUCGGCCAUUUGUGGAAAACUUCAGAGUCUCUGCUGCUUUAUCAGGAGCUGGUGCGGAAAGGAGUUCGAGGUUUAAUUGAGCUGAUGAAGGAGGACUACAAUGAGAUUAUGCGCAAGAAGUUGGAGGUUUUCCAUCUGUGUAACUUCUGCACACAGAUGUUGGAGAAGACCGAGCAGCUGUUCGAGGUGCUGAUGCAGGCCAACAUGCUGUCGUCAGAAUACGACGAGAUCUCAGACAUGCACAAGAAAGUUCUCAGAAUCUCCGGCUCUCUGGAGCCCAUCGAACGUACGACACAAGACGUCAAGAGUAAAUUUCUGCCUGGAGGCCUUCUGACCGACACUUGGACGCAGCAAGUUGGGACGCACCCUGAGGACAGGAAUGUGGAGAAGAUCAAAGUGCUGCUGGACGCUAUCACCGCCAUCUACCAGCAGUUCAAGAAGGACAAAGCAGAGAGACGUCUGCCGUACAACGAGGAGCAGAUCCACAAGUUUGACAAACAGAAGUUGGUCCUUCACGCGAGUAAGGCCAGGACUCUGUUCACAGACGAGUGCGCAAUGAAGUACCGUCUUUUCAUCUCCAAGAGCGAGGAGUGGAUGAGGAAAGUUCAUCAUGUGAGGAAGCAGCUGCUAAACCUGUCCAGUCAGCUGAUCAGCAUCGAGAAGGAGGUGACCAUGCUGAUGGAGAGAGCCAUCAAGCUGCAGGAACAGCUGCCACAGAAAGUUCUUCCUCUGGUGUCCAGUGGCAUGAAGCCUCAGGCCUACCUGAGCCAGAACACGCUGGUGGAGAUGACUCUGGGGAUGAAGAAGCUGAAGGAGGAGAUGGAGGGAGUGGUCAAAGAGUUGGCAGAAAACAACCAUUUCUUAGAGAGGUUUGGCACUCUGACACUGGAUGGGGGCCUGAGAGGAUGAGUGGAGUCGAGUGUCGCUGCCGUUUGUACAUACUCUGUGUGUUUACUGUGUAAAUAACGUCGGACUGUUGAAGACAAAGCUUUUUGUAUGAGUCUCUGGAAACUCUCGCUCAAUUGCUUCUGUCGCUUUAAAAGAAAAGGAUCGGAGAUGUUUUCAGCUAAGGAUCAGCGAAGGAAUGCAGAGCAGCUUCAUCCAAUCACAUCGCAAAGAGACCCUGAAACACCUUUGAGUAGUUAGCCGGACACAGCCGGGAACAACGGGUUCAGGGUGGGUUUACAUCACGUUUGGACUCAAAUACUUUCUGCUGCAGGUGUUAUUGGAAAUGAUGAAUGGAUUAAAGAUCAGCACAGGUGUGUUUACAUUGUUCUGUAGUUUUUCACCUGAAGUGGAAUAUUUAAGAGAACAGUUUUAAUGGAUUAAAUGUUUAUGGUUUAAGGUGGUUUUAAUGGGUAAAAAAAUAAAACAAACGUUAACUUCAAUGUCUAAGGAGUAUUUACUGGACCUUUCAGCAACAGGCUCUGAUUAAUCUCAUUUUACUCUGUAAAAACUUUAAAGCAUGAGCAGAGUUUGAGAUGCUUUAAUAUAGAAGUUUUAGGUUCUAGUUAAUAUCAGCUAGAAAACAUUUAAAUCUCAUAUGAUUAUUACUGUUCACUGUAACUGCAGCUGAAAUAUUUGAGAUUCAAAGCAAAGUCCUUUCUGAAGCUCAGGGGGGAAGUCACAGCCUUGAAUGCUUGUUUUUUUUUUCUUCUUUUUAAUGGUUUGGAUUUUCAAAUUAAAAUGCAAACUAAAGGACCUCUGACUGAUGAUUCAGAUGAAGCUGUUUCCUGUUCUUUGGGGCAAAUUAGGCUAACAAUAUACAGAGUAUAUUAUGGGGUAUUUAAUGUUUUUUCCAGCUGGAUUAAGUAAAAAUACAAAAUGGCAUUAAGUUUGCAAUGAAAAUAAUUGUUAAAGCGUUAACUUCUGAAAUGUUCAACUUGAUCCGAGUUUUAUAGAAGAUUAUGUAUUAAAUUAGAGGGUUUUUUUCUUCGUUCAGUGUCAUCAAAUGCAUUUAUUUCCCGGUAA